AUGGCUUCCAAGUGCCUCAAGGCCAGCUUCUCCUCGGGGUCUCUCAAGGGCCCAGGCGGGGGCACUCGCAUGUCCACCAUGUACUCCAGCAGCUCUUGCAAGCUCCCGAGUCUCGCCCGCGGGACCCGGAACUUCUCUGCGUGCUCGGCUGGGGUGGGCAGGAGUAGUUGCAGGGCCGCCAGCUGCCUCCCUGCUCUCUGCCUCCCCUCCGGAGGCUUUGCCACCAGCUACAGCCUGGGAGGGGGCUGGUUUGGGGAGGGCAUCCUCACGGGCAGUGAGAAGGAGACCAUGCAGUCCCUGAACGACCGCCUGGCCAGCUACCUGGAGAAGGUGCGCCAGCUGGAGCAGGAGAACGCCAGCCUGGAGAGCCGCAUCCGGGAGUGGUGUGAGCAGCAGGUGCCCUACUUGUGCCCUGACUACCAGUCCUACUUCCGCACCAUCGAGGAGCUACAAAAGAAGACCCUGUGCACCAAGGCGGAGAACGCCAGGCUGGUGGUGCAGAUCGACAAUGCCAAGCUGGCCGCGGACGACUUCAGGACCAAGUACGAGAUGGAGCUGUCCAUGCGGCAGCUGGUGGAGUCGGACAUGAAUGGCCUGCGCAGGAUCCUGGAUGAUCUGACCCUGUGCAAGGCUGACCUGGAGGCCCAGGUGGAGUCCCUGAAGGAGGAGCUGCUGUGUCUCAAGAAGAACCAUGAGGAGGAAGUGAACUCCCUGCGCUGCCAGCUCGGUGACCGGCUCAACGUCGAGGUGGAUGCUGCUCCGCCUGUUGACCUGAACCGUGUUCUGGAUGAGAUGAGGAGCCAGUAUGAGACCCUGGUGGAGAACAACCGCCGGGACGCCGAAGACUGGUUCACCACCCAGACCGAGGAGCUGAACCAGCAGGUGGUGUCGAGCUCCGAGCAGCUGCAGACGUGCCAGGCAGAGAUCAUCGAGCUGAGACGCACGGUCAACGCCCUGGAGAUUGAGCUUCAGGCCCAGCAGAGCAUGAGAGAUGCCUUGGAGUCCACCCUGGCAGAGACAGAGGCUCGCUACAGCUCCCAGCUGUCCCAGAUGCAGUGCAUGAUCACCAAUGUGGAGUCCCAGCUCGCUGAGAUCCGGGCUGACCUGGAGCGGCAGAACCAGGAGUACCAGGUGCUGCUGGACGUGCGGGCCCGGCUGGAGAGCGAGAUCAAUACAUACCGGGGCCUGCUGGAGAGCGAGGACUGCAAGCUCCCUUGUAACCCGUGUGCUCCUGACCACUCGCCCUCCAAGGCAUGCCUGCCCUGUCUUCCUGCGGCCCGCACAACCUGCAGCCCCCGCCCUAUCUGUGUGCCCUGCCCUGGGGGCCGGUACUGA